GCCAACAUUUAGUCAAAUAUUAUUUUUGCCGGGAGCACCCACGGAAUAAUUUUCAGUGGUCCUCUCAUAUAAAUGCAACCCACUCAUAAAACCAAGACACAUCAUGGACCAAUUGCACGACCUGGCUAUGCAGACCCAAAUGCGCUUUCAUAGAUUCAAACAAAUAGUCUAAACAAAGCUAUUGCAUUGAACGUCAGGGUAAUUAUAUAACGUGAAUCCGUGAUUUUUAUCGCCACAAGCGUCUUGGAUUUGCAAUACUAGGCUAUAUUUUCUAACAGAACGAGAUGGAUAAUCGCUAAACCGUAAAACCGAAAAUACCAUAGCCCACACUGGAUUGGCUUUGAUUGGAGGUAGCAGAAGGCGAACUAAAAGUAGGCUACCCGGCAUUGGUAAAUAUGUCUAUAUUGAUUUACUUUAGGCUAUAGCCUACCUACAAAUAAACCAAUACGCCUAACAUGUUAAGGGAAUACAGUGGGAUAAAGCUGUGUAACUCCUGACAGUUGUUGGUCUUUUCAGUGAGUAGUGGGCGCUCGCUGCAAAUCUGUUACAUUGUAUCUAUUAAAAUAAUGCAUAAUGUAACUAUAUCUGGCACUUGUUACAGUAACCCACUUUAUUCAUGUUUGAUGUAUCCAAACUCAGUGCACCACCACCAUAGCACAUAGCAUCUUCACACACCCAAAUUGGAUUGUGCCAUAUAAAUGAUUUCAGUAGCCUAACCUAUACGUCAUUUUUCUGCAUACGGACCAAAAUGCAAGGAACCUGCUUGUUUUUUUGCCCUGCUAUAUGAAAAACGAUUCUAAUUAUGUAUUGAUUCGCUUGAACAAAGGAACGAAAUAUUGUUGUAUGCUACCUGUACGGGAUAUCAACAUGGAAGGAGUAGGAUGUUACUAGCGUCGGCCGUGGUGGUAUGGGAAUGGCUGAACGAGCACGGGCGCUGGCGGCCUUACAGCCCAGCGGUCUCUCACCACAUCGAGGCAGUCAUCCGCAACGACCCACGGGGUGGUAGUGUUGUCUUAGGCCAGGUGGACACUCGCCUCUCGCCCUACAUCGUCGACUUGCAUUCCAUGCACCAGUUCCGACAAGAUACUGGUACCCUCAGACCGGUUCGCCGCAGCUUCUACGACCCCACGUCGGCUCCGGGUCAGGGCUGGCUGUGGGAGUGGGAGAACGACACAGGCUCGUGGACAGCCUACGACACAGAGGUGGGCAUCGCCAUCCAGGCGGCACGCGACCGCCAGCAGCCCUGGCUGGACCUGGCGCCACUGGGAUUCUGCUACCUCAUCCACUUCCAGAGUAUGACCCAGAUCAACGGGCAGACGCAACGCUGCCGCCGCAUCCAGCGCCGCUCUGACCUGGCUUACCCACUUGUUUCGGGUCCCCUUCCCAAGUCACACCACGCCUGGGGGCCCGGCCCCGGGGGACUGUUGGGGGUUUCCGGAGUAGGCAUGGGGGUGGGGUUGAGCGGGAUGGGGAAUGGGAACGGUAGCGCCUACCCCAGCGGUGCCCUGCCAGCCUCCGCAAUCACCUCCCUGGGCCAGCCCUGCGCCUGUCAGCAAUGCAUGCUGCUCCUAAGCGUCAAGGCGGGCGCCAUGGCAACAGCCCACACCCUGGGCAGGAGGCCACCCCAGAACAAGCCUCCCAGCCCCAAACUGGGUGGGGGUUACUCGGCCAUGGGGGGGUCCUACUCGCUCACCCUCCCACGUCCCCCCUCCUCCAUGGGCAGGUCCCUUCCUCCCCACAGAACGUCUGUGGGCGGAGUUAGCGGUAGCUUUGGGGUCGGAGGCGGCGGUGGCUUUGCCCAUUCACUCUCCCUCCUGGGUUCGGCCACCGCUGCCCUGUCCCUCUCCUCCACCCGUCCCCCUCCCCCGCCUCUACCCCCCCUUCCGCCUCCUCCGCCUCCUCCGCCCUCCUCCACUUCCUCUGCCCCUCUGUCGAUGCCCGUGCCCCCUCCUCCUCUCAUCUCCACAUCAGCUUCCUCCUGCACCCCCUCGCCCUCUGCCCGCGUCCUGGGGCCGGUGUCUUCAGCGGCGGCGGCCUGUGCCGCCCCCCUACCUCCCCGUGCCAGCCUGGCUGGGCUGAGCCGACCCGCCCUGCAGCGCAUCGCCAUGGCCCAGUCCAGAGCCCUUAUAGCCUCCGGAGUCCCAACGGUUCCUGUGAAGAACCUCAAUGGAUCCAGCCCUGUUCACCCUGCAUUGGCAGGUAUUACAGGGAUCCUGAUGAGCGCCGCAGGACUUCCUGUCUGUCUGACCCGACCCCCCAAGCUGGUGCUCCACCCCCCUCCUGUCAGCAAGAGUGACAUCAAGCCCGUUCCCGGCCUCGGCCACUGCUGCCGCAAGACCACCAAGAAGCAGGCUCGCAAAGGCAAGACCCCUGAGGAAGUAGUGAAGAGGUAUCUUCAGAAGGUACGCAGUCCCCCAGAGGAGGACUGCACUAUCUGCAUGGAGGCCCUGCCUGGGCCCUCGGGCUACAAAGGCCCCGGUGUUGGGGGCAUCCAGCGGGCAGAGUCGGUGGGUCGCCUGGCCCAGUGUGGGCACCAGUACCACCUACAGUGUCUGGUGGCCAUGUACAACAAUGGCAACAAGGAUGGCAGCCUUCAGUGCCCCACCUGCAAGACCAUCUACGGCGUGAAGACGGGCAACCAGCCACCUGGCAAGAUGGAGUAUCACGUUAUCCCCCAUUCGCUGCCUGGCCACCCCGACUGCAAGACCAUCCGCAUCAUCUAUAACAUCCCGCCAGGCAUCCAGGGCCCUGAGCACCCGAACCCAGGCAAGCCCUUCACCGCCCGGGGAUUCCCCCGACACUGCUACCUCCCUGACAGCGAGAAGGGACGCAAGGUACUGAGGCUGCUGCUGGUGGCGUGGGACCGGCGGCUCAUCUUCUCAGUGGGCACAUCCAGCACCACGGGCGAGUCGGACACAGUCAUCUGGAAUGAGGUGCACCACAAGACGGAGUUCGGCUCCAACCUGACGGGACACGGCUACCCCGACCCAGGCCACCUGGACAACGUUCUGGAGGAGCUUAAGGCCCAGGGGAUCACCGAGGAGGAGUGCCUACCCAGAGACUGAGCUAAAGACGGGUCAAUGGGGAAACAGCUACAGAGAGACUUGUCAGACACUGGAGGGCAGAGCUAAAACAAUGAACAUACAGAGUCAUAGAGACAAAGGAAUGGAGAGGGGGAGUCAUAGACAUAUGAAUAUGUUUAAAAAAGAGAAGUACAGAAAUGAACACAGACGGUACAAUUGUGACACCCACAGAAACAGACAGCCUGAAAGACAGCAUACGAGAAGAAAUGAAUGAACCGCUGAACAGACGAGCCAAAAAAAGAACCAACAGGGGACAUAAAACAAAUAGAGAAACAGACAAAUAAGACUUUCUGGCUCUAGUUUCUAGGGACGUUAACUGAGGUACGACAUUAGAAACCCUCUGAACAGGUGGGCUGUGGGUCGGCUCCGCUGCAUGGGUCACUUGUAUGAUGGAAUGUAUAUUGUCUUCUGCUACAUUAAUGGGGCUGUCACAAAAUGUAAUUCAGUGAGAGGUUUGAGGCCACAGUGCACAUGCAAUUCAGUGUUGGACAGAAGCUGUCGUUUAGACCCUGAGAGUUUGACAAGAAUGUACUGAAUCUUAAUUGGUCCAUUUGAAUUCAAUGGUGUACCAAGUUUACCAGAGCGGCUGUAAGUGGUAGGAUGAGCGCUACAAAUGGGUAUUAAAGGGAAUAUGCUUAAUAGGGUAUUGAAUGGAAGAGAAUACUAGGAUUAAAGUAUUAGACCUUUGGCAGCAUAGUAACAAAUCUCUCAUUACAGAAAACAUAACCUAACAUAGCAGGCUUAAAAUAAUCGUCUGAGCGGGGUUUCUUUCUUUCUAGUCCUGACAAGAAAAUAAAAAAACUGUUAGGGGAUUAUCUCCUCUGAAUCUGCACUGUUUAACCAAUCCAAUAAAUGUGGAGGAGUUGAGAUGAAGUGUCCCCAAAGACGGUUAGCUCUGUGAUGUCGCCUCGUUAACGUCCAAAAGAAGAAGUCCGUCUCUAUUUCCAUUUGCUACGAAAACCGGUUGUGUCCGUUUAAACCUACCCCUCUGAGGGUGCAGAAAACUUUACAGAGAACGUUCAAAAUAUCUCAAGUUUAUGACUGGAUAUGUGUGAGCAUGAGUGUUUACUGCCCUCUAGUGGUACUUAUCGAAAAUACAUUCCCUUUUCCUCUCUAGGUUCUUAUUGGUAUUUUAUUAAUUGCUGUACCAUUUGGAAAAUGCAUUGUUGUACAUUUUAAAUAGUUGAUAUAUAUUGGCUCAGUUGAGUUGAGUAUCAUUUUUACAUUCCAUUUUGUUCUUAAUUUUUAACAUUGUACGUUGUCUAUUUGAUUGCCAGAGCAUUAUUUUCUAUAUGUGGCAUUGUAAGGAGACGUGUCAAGCUUGAGUCUUCUCGGGAGUGCUCCUGAGUAUUACGAGCCACUAUGAGUUGUUCAAAAAGUUUCACUGAACAACGAUUUUAGACUCAUCCAUUGCCAAUCAAUAUGAAUGAUUUGGGAACCCUCUUGAUGGGGUGGGUGAGUCUAAAUGUACUACAAAAUAAGAGUCCUCUCCUCAGACCAUGGGUGCAUCUCAAUAGUCUGGUGUAGCUUCCUCUCCUAUUCUUUCAUGUCAAUUCAGAUGAAAGAACAGGAAUGGAAAAAGGCCCCUAUAGACAGUUGAGAAGUCAGAAAUGAAGUUAUGAUUGGACCUGCCACCAGAGGUCAGAUUUGCACUGCACAGGGCAUACUCUCUUUUUUCCUUUAGUCAAAAGGAAACAUGGAAAGUUAGAUAUAACAGUUAAAACUACUUUGGGUUUCAUUGUAUUUUCUUUGUUUUGGACACCGUUGGCACCAUUGGCAGCUCUAAGGAAAGCAAACCUAUUGUUUUUGCCAUAACGAGGUACAAUUUGAAAGAUUUGCUCUGUCGCCAAAACAACCUGUAGUCAAGCAGUCCAGUCGGUUUGUGUUAGGUUCAUGACGGACCUGCUCAUAAAGCGGUACCGUUGACAAUAUUUAUCAGUAUGUGUUAACCUACAAUGUUAGGCCAACCUUUAUACUUUCUGUAUGCAAUGGAUGUAUGUGUUAAUGUACACGACUUAAAACCAUUAAACCAUUUUUAAAGGUAUAACGUAACUGUUCACUUAAUACCUCCUUUAUUUAAUGUGCUCUCUAUUUUUUUAAUCGUUUCUAUCAACUUGUUUUGUUCAAAUAAUUCAAAACCACUAUUUUUUCACUUUGAGGUAUUGUUUGGCCACAUUUAAAGCUGUGUGACUACAUGAAGACUUACAUACCCAUUCUACUUUGUGAGUAGGGGUACAUGCAUUUGGUGAGAGAGGGAGGGAGAGAGAGGUGGUGGGAGAGAGGGAGAGGUGACCUUGUAAUUCUUUCGACGACUCCUGCAGGUGGAUUGGGAAAUGUAGGACUUUAUGUAGUCAGUCGUGUUUUAUGUCAGUUCCUGCAAUGCUCAGUUUGGUACAUAUCAUUUUGUUUCCCAGGCACAUGUCUGUGAAUGGGAAUGAAACAAUGGUUGAAGGCUCAUUCACACUUUGUAUAAAACCUCUGUAAACGUUGUAAUGGCGAGAACGAGUGACGUGGAGACAUCUAUGUUGGCAGAGAAAGUAGUAACAUGUAUAAAAGUAAAAAAGAUUUGAAGUAACCGUGGGACUAUUAAAUUAACAUGACUAUUAUGA